AUGAACAGCCCAGCACCUGUGGAGAUCUCCUAUGAGAACAUGUGUUUUCUGAUAACUUACAACCCUACCAAUGCUACCCUCAACAAGUUCACAGAGGAACUUAAGAAAUAUGGAGUAACAACCUUGGUUCGAGUUUGUGAUGCUACAUAUGAUAAAGCGCUAGUUGAAAAAGAAGGACUCCACCUUCUUGACUGGCCAUUUGAUGAUGGAGCUCCACCUCCUAAUCAGAUAGUAGAUCAUUGGCUAAACCUAUUAAAAACCAAAUUUCAUGAAGAGCCAGGUUGCUGUGUGGCCGUGCAUUGUGUUGCAGGAUUGGGAAGGGCACCUGUGCUGAUUGCACUUACUUUGAGUGAAUAUGGAAUGAAGUAUGAAGAUGCAGUUCAGUUUAUAAGACAAAAAAGAAGGGGAGCAUUCAAUUCCAAACAGCUGCUUUACCUGGAGAAAUACAGACCUAAGAUGUGA